AUGCCCACACUGGACGUGGUGGACGCAUCCCCAGUCUCUGACGAGUUGGAUAAUACAGAGGGGGCAAGAACGUCACCUGACCAUGCCAAUCCACUCGUUCAAACAGGGCUGGUUUUACCAAUCCAGUUCAAGACGCGUACUUUGCAAGGGCAACAUAUGCAUGCAAACGACUUACCAGAACCCUUUUUCAGUGCACCUAUCUGCGGACACCUCGUGGCAGCUGCUGCGGAGCAUCCAGAAGAACUUUCUCCUCAGUCGGCAAUGGAAAAAAAAACACCGUCUGAUCUGAACGGCCGUUGUCGCACUGAAGGAGAUGGAUCAUCUAGUAUCAACGGCCCUUGCAUACAAUUGCACACUGGCUGUGAACCACUGUCGCAUCCUGGUGAACCUUCCAUACAGUCAACCCAGGAUGGGGUCACAAAGCAGUCGGAUCUGAGAUUUUUGGAAUCUAGGCAGCUCCAGAGAGAUGUGCAAGAACAAGAUUUUAAUGAACCUCACCAUACCACCAAUGAAAAGUGCCUUGCUGACGAAGUCGUGCAACCUAUGGACGCUGCGCCUGAGAGGAUACGCUCAAUCUUAAGUCAAGAGGAACUCCUGGAGGGAGCAGAAAAAAACUUGGACGCGGCAAGUAAUGCAAUAGCAGAACAUGACACCUCUGCGCAUGAUAUGGAAAUCAAGAAAGAUGAUGGGCAAUCUACCAUUUCCACAACCAUAUCCCAUGGACGGAUCCUGCGCUCUAAGACGGUGAUUGGCCCCACUUUGUGCUCAUCUCCAGUUCCACAGGACACUGCCGUUAGACGAGAGACUGCGCUUGUUCAGUGGAAUCACCACGAGAAUGCCUCACCGUCCGUAGACUCCACCAGAGGUCGGCGGAAAACGUACACCCCAGCAGGUAGCCAGUGUGUGCAACAAACUCAGAGUGAUGCUCGUGGGUUAUCAUUUGGUGACGUCCACGUUGAGUGGGCAUCUGGGGAAGUUGUGAAGAUGCUGACGGACGACAUAGAUUCAUCAUGCGGAUCGCAGCGACGAGGGACUUAUGUUUUUCGUCGGUCCCCUGAGCGCCAUAGAGAGUACCUAAUUACCAGAAGCACCCCGGAAAACUAUUUCACCCCGGAUAACCAUUUGCCAUGUCAUCCAACUUCUCCUUUCAGCUCGUGCAGACAAGAAGCAAUGAUUAAGAUAUCUGCAGAUGCCGAAAAUAUUCGGCGAGAACCUGGGCAGGAAAAGCAAGGAGUAUCAAAUACAGGGCCAGAAUGUGAAGCGACAAUCACGACUGGCAACGCGACACAGAGUGGACUGGUUAUGCGGGGGGGGGAAAGAAACCGACCGCAUCACUAUGAUGACGCAGUAACCGUUCAGCAAGUGGCAGGUGACGGAGGUGGGGAGGAGAGCAGCUGCAACACGAGCAGCCUGAGUGCAUCAAAUACCACUAAAGACAAAGUUAUUGGAGCUCACCUCACUACAAGAGUGCAGCUGUUCGAAAAAUUCCCUUCAGCCUUUUCACCUGCGAAAAGUUCUUUAAGUGGCUGCAUAGUUCGAGAAAGCAUAGUUGAAGCGACCUUGAGAGAACACCAUGCCGUCGCAAACGGCUGUGACGAUGCAGCGGCCCAAAGUGUGACGGCGAGCAAACCACACCGCAUGGGAGCUAAUGCUCGCCUUUGCAGCUUUCCUCCACUCAAGCGACGCGCUGCGUCCUGUAUAGAAUCCAUAUCACAUGUUAUCACGCAACAGCAAUUCAAUAGUGGCCCACCUAUGAGCUGCAGGCAGCGCGCUUCCAAAUCGUUGUCGUGCAGUGCAGGCUCUCCCGAAGAUGCCCAGCAGGCGCUAGUGCUAAUUAAGCAACCGAAAGAAGCAUAUGUGACAGCUCAUGUACAGGUAGCUUGUUCGCCAAUCGCGGAUACACCACGCACGGGAGACGCACUCAGUAAGGAGCCCAUGGAUAGUGGCCCGAGACGGUCAUCGACAGUGCCACCUCGCCGCUCUGAAGCAGAUCACGUGUUCCGCUCUGUCUUGGCCCCAGAGGAAGAAGGUACUGUGGCGUUCAGUGGCUGUGCUAUUGGUGCAGCAUACCCCUGUCCUUUGCUUGUUGGAACCGAAAAACCUUACCAAGAGCCGAGAACGCCACAGGUUUUUCCAAUGGAGUUAAGGAGUGACGUUGACUCAAAAACCGACAGGGAUCUCAUAUUUGCCACCAGUAGCCGGAUUCCUUACAGCCAACUCACACAAGGCCAUGCAGCAAAUAUGUCUUCAAAGUUACUUCGCGGGUCGGCGACUCUAGCGGAUGUGGAGAAAUCCGCGCACCUUUUGCACGAACCUGGCCCAGAAUCCAGUGCGAGGCCUCACGAGCUACCCCUGGGGCUUUCAGGAUGGGAUGGAAUCACUGAGGGGGAAGUUACAACAGAGAGUGGGUGUGAACUUCCCCAGAGCGGGAUUUUGCCGGGCGGAGGAUUCCAGUUUAAUGAGAAAACUUCGCAGACGCAGUGCUGUGCAAGAGGUGCAGAGACAUCUCUUAACCUGAAAAGCUCAAGCGGAGGCACCUGGGGGAAGACAACCGCUUUUUGUACUCAAGAAGGGCCUGCCGCCUUUCUCGAGGGAGCAGCAGCAGCAGCAUUGGCCAUUCUCGGUGCAUGUGGGCAGCGAGCACACAAGCCGCUUGUUGGUUCUGAAGCCCUUGCUUUCCCGUUGAGUGACCCGACACAGCGGCUGGCCGGCACGUCGAAGACUGAAGAUAUCGGUGGAGCCGCGGCUGGGCCACCUCCGGAAGUGCAGCAGGAGCCACUGACCCCAAAGGUGCGUAAAGAGGCACUGCCGGAAAAAAGGAGAACGUCACUUGGACCGUCCAUGAAGGAAGAAUGCGCCCAAAAGUCGCAAGACGAAGUACUCUAUCAGACGCUGGGCUCAGAUCGAGGUGUUGCUAGGCAAUUCCAACGAAACCCUGCACCUAUUAAAGAAAGCGAUGAAUCAUUCACUAAUCCCCAGCAAAAUGAAGCACACUAUAAGAGGAAUACGUUGCAAACUCAGCGGGCGCCGCCACAGAUCUCGCAGCUGGAUGCUAGUGAAACGCUGGAAAAGGGUUCGGCCGAUUCGGCGGGACCAAUGUUACCACGAGCUACAGCCGAACUGCCGUGCCCAAAGUUAGCCAUCGGGUUGGAGCUCUCCUUUCCAUCUCCAGGGGGAGCUAUCCAGUACGAAAGAUCAUACUCACGGAUGGAUGUUACUCUUGCACCAGGUCAGCCCGGAUAA